AUGGCAGUAGCACGGGGCACUCCUUUAUGCAGAACUCGACACCAGAUGGAAGAGACCAAAAAUGAUGAUUUCUGUUGUUUGGAUCACUUCCUGCACUGUCGGUUUACCUGUAUUGUUAGGAAUAAACAGUCAUGCAGACGAUGUCAACUGAAACACCCAAGAAAUGGGCCUGGAUAUCGUUUCCUUCAUCUGAAUGAAAAUUUUAUCACGAAUGUGUUUGCAGCACUGCGAAUUCACAAAUGCUUUCUUCAUAAUCAUAUCAUCCUUGUUAUCAUUCUUUCUACCAUGUGCAACAAUUGUGGUACUUCAUACGGUAAUACUCUGUCGGUUACACCAACGACGGAGAGACAAGCAGUGGAAGUAUGGGAACCGUCAAUCAGUUCCGAGCGGUGAAACGCUCAUUUAACUGAGCAGUAUGAGAAGCAUUUUAAAUCGAAUCAAUUAUACUUCGAAUCCAGCGUUACCAUUCAGAUGCCUUCAGCAUUACUUUCACCAUCUCAGGACCGAAGUAUGAGAACCGUUACUCUGCCUAUCACUGAAUUGCAUUCAACCCAUAUUGCGGAGAAAUGUGAAGCAUUGCAGAAACGAGGAAAGCAAGAUAUGGGUUGA